AGGAUAAGCGCCUACCUCAUCCAGUCUCAUCCACUGAUCCUGGCCAGAAAUCUUACAAAAAUUGACAUUUCACUUCGGAAUCAUUGAAAUGAACAUUCGAAGAGCUAAAAUUGAAGACCUCCCUGGGAUGCAAGCUUGUAACUUAAGGAACCUACCAGAAAACUACUCCAUGAAAUAUUAUCUCUACCACUGUGCAACAUGGCCCUCAAUAUCAUAUGUCGCGGAGGACAAAGGGAGGAUUGUUGGGUAUAUACUGGCUAAAAUGGAAGAGGAAACUGCAGAAGCAGAACAACCACAUGGCCAUGUAACCUCAAUCUCAGUCCUUCGAUCAUACAGACGACUUGGUAUAGCAAAAAAGCUCAUGCUGCUAUCUCAGGAGUCAAUGGCUAGUCACCGUGCAUCUCACGUAGCACUUCAUGUGCGAAAGUCCAACCGCGCCGCGCUCAGUUUAUACCGGGAUACACUUGGAUUCGAGGUUCAUGAUAUUGAACAAAAGUACUACGCUGAUGGGGAAGAUGCCUAUGCAAUGCGACUGACUCUCAAACACGACUGACUCUUUCGAAUUGCAAAGGAAACAAAAUGUUCAUUAUGAU